UACAGGAUCGACUGUUCUUGAUCGUGAAGAGAGGACCGCCUCACAAAAUCAGUGGCGUCUUGGUGGAGAUCAUGGCAAUCAUCGCUAAAUACAUGGGUGUCUGCUAUGAGUGGGUCGUGCCAAAUGACGGCCUCUACGGGUACAUGCUCCCCAACGGCACUUGGACAGGCAUGCUUGGCCUUGUGAACAGGUCGGAAGCUGACAUGGCGGGGAUCAUCUCAAUCACGUCACGCUACAAGCAGGCGGUUGACGUGAGCGAGCCUCUCUAUAUGGACGAGUUCAGCGUCAUGCACAAGAGGCCGGUUUUGCAGUCGGAUAUUCUGGGAUUCUACAAGCCGUUCACGCAGACGAUGUGGUUGACGCUGCUCCUGUGUGUCUUGCUGACGACGGCGGUGACGGCGGCCAUCCUCCACUGGGAAUCCCUCCUGACGCGGCCGAGGCGCAAGGACGGCGGAAGACAACGGAGCGGCCUCCUCUCUGCCUGCACUAAGUCGGUCCACUGGAAUUUUUCGCACCUGCUGAGCCAAGCCGUGUGGUGGGAACCGACAGGCAACCCCGGCCGAGUGAUAUCUGGGCUGUGGCUUAUCGCCGCCUUGAUACUAACCACUGUCUACCGCUCCAACCUCAAGGCCAUGCUCAUUAUGCCUCGGAUUGUCCUGCCCUUUGACAGCCUGAAGGAACUGUCGGAGUCGAGUAUCAUCAUGUACGUGACCAAAGGGAAUUACUUCCAUGAUUAUGUGACGAAAGCCCCGUCGGACAGCGUGGUGGGAUCGCUAAGGAAGCAGGUUGACGCCCACGAGGACAUUCCGCGGGCGAUCGCCGACAUCCUCGGCGGGCGGAGGGCGGGCGCCGGACCAAUGGCCAAUAUCGCGGUUGUCAUGCACGAGGUCUUUUCAAAGACGGGAUCAUGUCCGCUGUACGUCAUGUCCGAGACUUUCAUGAAGAGCACCAGCAGAAGCAUAGCGAUUCGGAAAGGAGCCGAAUUCAAGCCCAAAGUGGACCGAGCGAUUCGCGGCCUAAAAGAAUUUGGGAUUCUGAACCACCUGCUGGAGAAAGCUCUCGUGAAUGCUACCGAGUGUUUGAAGCCCGUGACCUUUAACCUGGGUUCUGAGAGUCUUCGUUCCCUUGACCUCGGGGAUUUCUACGGGGUUUUCGCUAUCUAUGCCGGUGGUGUCCUCCUUGGCUGCAUAGCUUUCGUGCUAGAGAUAUGUGCGUCCCUAGUGAGGAAGAAACAAGAACGGUUAGAGGCAUGAGAACCCUGGAUGGACUUCUUAGAAACCUACUGACUUGGUUUACUGACAACCAUCUAUAUCCCUAAAUAAAAUACGCCGUAGAUCCCAACACUUAUGUAAAAUAAUACUGAAACCCCGUCUGCACGAUUGGGCUGUGUUUCCCGGGCUCUGUCGGUCUGAGUACAUUAUCUAAGGGAAGCCGGGCAGGAGCGAGGGGUAGAUUCUUGGGCAGGGCUACUCAACUGGCGUCCCGCGGUCCGAGUCCGGACAUUCUGAGUGUUAUAGCGGGAUCCCAGGCUCCAGGAGGAGAAAAGGCUAAAUAAAAUCAAGGUCCUGGCGAUGGAUUCUCGAAGGCGUAUUUCCUCGAAUGAAUAUGAAAUGAACAAAAAUCUUAUCGGAACACUAUGGAGUACUCAGAUUGGUGGUAUUAUUUUCAUGGUUGUAAAAUAUCUAUCCGGACCUCUGCAUAUACUGGAACUUGGACCUUUGCUCAUAAUAGGUGAGUAGCCCUAGGGAAUCGUGUGUAUUCUGACAAAGAAGAUGCCCAACGGAAAUGAUUUUGAGUCUUAACUAGUAAACUCCAGGGGGCAGUGGGAAUCGGCGUCGGCUUUCUAAAAAGUAGAAACAGAGGUGCCUCUUGACGAUUUCAAUGUUCAAGGCUUGAAUAACUGGCAACAACGACUCCUUAAGGUCACUUAUAUGGCUACUGGUCAUUCUCUGGGGAAUUGGUUCAACCCCCAGGACAGGCACAGUGCUGGCUUGCCCAUAGACACAAGCGAAAAAAGGUGUUAAUUGGCAACUACUCCCUUGUAAUCCCUUGACACAACUUGAAUGAUUAUGUAGACGGGGUUUAGAACACAAUGUGUAGGGAAUGUUACAAUAUAGUACCAUUGGCUUAGUGAGAUAUACGAAUUUGCAGAAAAUAGCUGUGUUCCUUAAUAAAGUUUGUAGUGAGAU